UUGUCAGACAACACAUUUUGUCGAAGGUUUAUGUCACUCUAUGUUUUUAGAUAUUUACGACUGUUCUGUAACAACUUAGCUAUUCUGAUCACAUAUCAGUAUUUUGUAAAUUAUCUUUAUUGCAGAAAAGUUGACAUUACCUCAAAGAUAUUUGCCCUACAUUUGAAAUGCAAUAUAACUAACAUUAGUUUUACUUGAUACUUUCUUUACAAAAACAAAAUGUCAGCGCGCACGAAGGACCUGUGUUGAUUUGUUUGCAUUGAAAUUUAUCUGAUAUUUGCAGCGUAUUUCUAAAAUGACUUCCACGGGUGGACGUGCCAUUAACGAAAAUGAGAGACAAAACAAAAUUGAUCGAUCUACAAGACAAGCAUCAGCUGACAAGAACCCUUGUAUGACGGAACAAAAAAUGUCAUAUAAAUGCUUGGAUGACAAUGGGUAUGACAGAGAGAAGUGCUCCAAGUGUUUCCAGAAUUACAGAAACUGCAGGGAAUUUUGGAGCCGCAUCAUGACGGACAGAAAGAAGAAAGGCAUUGUCCCAGCACUUCCCCCAGUAGAAGAAAGGGACAAAGUUCGAACUGAGUACAGCCACAUCCUUGGCUGGUGACAUAGGUGUAGGCUAGGUCAACUCUUGUCACUGUGUGUGUUGAGACUUGUGUGCAUGAUAUUAGUAAACAGGACUGAAUGUAUAAGAGAUGUCGGCUGUUGCGGUUUCAGUGGAAUCGCUAGAUGUUUAUUUGAAUAAUCAACCAAAAUUAAAAAUUGAAAUGUCACAGCAAUGCAGUCUCAUAAAAUCAGAUAUUGAUGCUCCUUACCUCAACAUCUAAAUCUGAGGACAUCCCGUACAGGUCACAUCAGAAAGACAUUUUGUGAACUUCGAUCGACCAGUGAAAUGACUAAUAAUUAGAAGUUGACAUAAGCUCAUCAGAAAACAGCAUUCUCAUGCUUUACAGCAUUGUUCCAUAUUAGCAACCUCAAUUCUAGAAAUCGCUUUAUAUGUUAUGAAAUCAAAAUUUGAAAA